AUGGGAUAUAUAUGUAUCAUCACACAUUGGGUUCCGGAGGAUGCAGAGUGGCAGAGGGUGGGAAGGCUCAUGGCUAACAGAAAGUAUCAGCAUGCACUGAAUUGUUUGGAAGGGUUGAUAGUCACGCAUAUUUUUGAACUUACAAAGAUGAAUAGGGCAGGGACAGGUUACAAGCUGUGCAAACAUAUUGUAAAGGCAUUGCAGACACGCUCUGCUGCCAUCAAAUCCGCUCUCAGCACUUAUAACACUGUUGCCAGUGCAAUGUCCUCUCCUCAGAAAACCCUCAAGUGGGAGGAGAUUGUCAAUUACACAUUUCUCGCAGACUUUGAUCUGCUAUGCGACACACAUGCAGAUAUUUCUCAAUCCCCUUGGUCUUCACCUGCAGCACGCAGUGCAAUGGACCUUCACUUCAAGAUCUGUUGUGCAUGA